CAGUCAAAAACAAGAGGGUUGUGAUGAUAAAACGUCAUGUGUCUCCAUAAAUAACGUAAUCAAUUAUAGACAGCAUGCCUUUUUGGAAUUUUGUUUCCAUUUACAGUGUAUUUUGUUUUGUGACAAAUCAACAAUGAGUUCAGAAUCUGGUAAAACAUCAGCACUAUCAUCACCAUCAUCACCAUCGAGAGUGAUAUCUCUGUCUAGUGGGAAAUUGGCGGAAAUCAUCCCUGUGGUUGUCAAUGAUGAUUGUGGCCAAGGCGAUCAGCCAUCACCAUCUGCGGAUAAAAAUGUCACAUCACAUAAUACUGGAAACAUGGAUUGGGAUUUCGGUGGUGGCGAACCAUCAGAAAGCAUGGUGGAUGAUUUAACCACCGAUCAAAGUACUAAAACCAAUGACGAUGUUGGUUACGCAACCUGCACAGACCCAGCUUAUGCAACGGUUACGAGUGUUGGCUCGUACAUUAGCAGAGAAUCAUCGACAGACGUCCUUUUACCAAAUCUACCUGGCGGGAUCAUCGAGUUCAUACAAGAGGGUGCUGAACGAAAUCAGACAGAUGGAUACCGGUAUUAUGUUAUAAUACCAAAGGACACACCUGUCGAUGACAUUGCCAAUUACAUGGCUUAUGGCUGGAAGCGGAGGACACCAAAAAUAGUGUUGUCUGUAAUUUCCAGUGUUAAAUACUUCAAACAGUGGGAAGAUGAGAAACACAUUGAAGAUUUCCAGGCAGGAAUUAUUAAGGCUGCUAACCUCACAGAGAUGUGGAUAGUGACAAAUGGCUUUGACAGCGGGGUUGCUAAAUACAUUGGGGACGCAGCAUGUGACGAAAUGGCUCGCCGCAAGAGUCAGGAAGAGGAAUCUCUAGAAGUGAAGAAUAUCCAAGUCUUGGAGAAAGUGCCAAAACUGACAAUCUUAGGAGUUGUAGCUUUUGAUAGCAUAUCAUAUUCAGACCAUUUGGAUGGACAACAUGUUCAGCCCAAACAAAUAGAGAACAGAGGGCAUAAACCACGAUCAUCGAAAUUUGACUUGAAUCCUUUUCAUACACACUUCAUGAUGGUUAAAGACAUAAAUUCACAGGAGCUGAAUGCAUUCCGGUACAGUCUAGAGGUGCGCUUUCUUCAGCCAGUUGGUCGUGCUCGCAGAUACAGGAGAAUGCCGUCAAGUCACACAACACUGCCUGGAACUAACAGUGAUCUUGAUCUGAACAUGGGAGAAUCUCAAAAUAACCCCAACACCAACACCCCGGUGAUUUCCCUGCUGGUUCAGGGAGGACCGCCAGAAAUUGACCAGGUGCUGUGGUUACUCAAGAAGAAGAUUCCAGUUAUUGUCAUGAAAGGGUUUGGUCUGGCAGCCGAUCUUAUUGCAUUUGCUUAUGAGGAAACACGUGAGAGUUAUAUCAAAUCUGAACUGAUGAAAAGAGUAAAAGACACAUUCCCUAAAGAAUUCAAGAAGGAUGACCUUGCCGUGAUAGAAUGCAGAGACAAGAUUUUGGAGUGUGCUUUUUAUGCACACCAGGACAGCUUAACAUAUCUAACAAUCUUGGACACAGGGAACCGAGCAUCUGAUCUCACCAACCUCAGCAAAUACAUUCUAAUGGCUUUAUUUAAGUCUCAAACCAGAAAGCUUGGUCACAAGUGGAGAGAUCAAAUUCAGCGUGACCUUCAGCUCACUUUAGACUGGAAUCGAUGUGACCUUGCCAAAUCAGAGAUCUAUCAAAAAUACAGCUUGACAAGGAUACGGGUAGAAAAUCAUAUAUUUCAUCAAGCGUUGCUGCGAGAGGACAGAGAAGAUUUUGUAGAGUUGUUCCUUGAUAAAGGAUUCCAGGUUCACCGAUAUUUGAGUCACAAGAGAUUGCAUAAUCUGUUUGAAAAUGCACGGGACAAAGAAUUCUUCAUUGGUGUUUGUUUGGAAGGGGUACUUGGAAAAGCUGUGAAUCCUCAUAGUCCUCUGAGUCGGAACUUUUGUGAAGAUGAUGGAUGUGAGUUAAAUCGCCUUCUGUCUCGAUGCACCAAAUUACAGAAACUCAUAAACCCUUACGAGUUGUCGAUGAAUUCGCUGGGCACCUACAUCACAAACAAAGCUGUUGCUGAACGGAGGGCAACAACCACCCUAGUGCUCUGGGCAGCUCUCACUAACAGGCCCAUCCUAGCCAAGGUAUUUUGGAAGAAAACUGAUGACCCUAUUGCUGUGGCAUUAAUAGUCAGCAUGCUUCUCCAUAGAUUGGCCUCGCAGUGGUGCAAAGAUGUUGACAUGAAGAGAAGGGUCAAAGCCACAGCAGUGGAGUUUGGUAAAAUGGCAGUUAGUAUGUUAGACCUGUGCUACCAGGAUUCCAGUAUCCAGGCAUUCCAUGCUCUUAACAAGAAGCUUCAGGACUUCAACAACAGAACUGUGGUUGAGAUUGCCAAGAUGGGGAACAACAAGUUUUUCAUAGCACACCCAUGCUGUCAAAAGUGGCUGGCUCAGAGGUGGUUGGGAUGUCUUCAGAUUCGAGAGCUAGACUGGGGAGGGCACAUCAAACUACCGGACUGGCUCAAGGUGUACUUGAGUGCUUUCCUUAUUUUCCCCAUGUUUGUAUGGAUUGCAUUUGUACCAAUGGAAAACGUGAAACAAAAGUUUGAAAAAGAGGAUGAUGAAGAAGAGGAGGAGGUUGAAGAGACAAACAUGCUGCUGCGGCCGCUGUCGAUACAGGAGAAACAAGGAAAGAAACGGUAUAGCAUGAAAGUGAAGUUCAAAAACCUGAUUGAUAGAGGGGAAGUAACUCUGAAGCUGCCAGUUUACAAGCAGAUAUACUACUUAUGGAGUGCCCCAAUAACCAAGUUUUGGGUGAAUCAGCUGUUCUACGUGUUCUUCCUGAUACUGUUCAGUCUGGCCGUGCUGUGGCCGUCGUGUGGGGAUCUUCAUCUGAACCUGUCCGUCUUUGUGUGGACCUUCAUCAUCUGGAUAGAACUCGCACGACGGACGUGGGUCAAAAAAUGGAAACAUCCUGAAGUUCCCAUAUUCUGGACAUCAAUUGAGGUGAUACUAAUCCUGUGUUUUCUGCUCCUGUACCUCGUGUUUCGAAUUAUACCGCACUUCGUGGAGUACGUCGACUACAUGACCACUAAAUUCGUCAUGAGCAUCGGUCUUCUCUUCUUCUACUACCGCACCAUGGCCGUUUUCUUACCCAUCAGUCCAACACUCGGACCCAUGCUCAUUCGAAUCACAAAAAUGGUUCGUAAAGAUUUUUCCACAUGGAUGCGAAUGUUCGUCAUCGUGAUGGUGUCUGGAGGGAUAACAAUCCAUGCUGUCUUGUAUCCAAGCUACCCGUUAAAUGUGGAUGGUGUCAAGAAAGCACUGGCCAGAGCAUUUUUUGCCAUGUUCCUCACCAAGAUAGAUGAUUUAGAUGGGGAUGAUACCUGCUCUUACCUGUAUGAAAAUACAACUAUAGGAUCAUGCCACCCUGAGCAAAGUGUUUCUUACCGAUACGGCAACACCAUGUCCACUUGUCCAUAUGGGAGUUUCGGUGGUUACUUCAUUGUGAUCCAGUACCUGUUGAUUACCAAGCUGGUUCUUAUCACACUGCUUUAUGCCAUGUUCAGUGUGACUAAUGCUAGGAUAUCUGACCAUGCUCUGGAGUACUGGAAAUACCAGCGCUAUGGUCUGAUUGUGGAUUUUGAGGAGAGACUGCGACUCCCGCCCCCACUCACUAUAAUCAGCUACAUAUGUAUGCUGCUGAAGUUCAUCUGGACUAAGGUCAUCAGGCCAUGCUGGACUCGGUGCAGACAGUGCUGCAGAUGUUUCACCAGUCAAGACUCUGUGGAUGCAUCGAGGCAUAUCAAUAUUUUCAAAAGCUGCAGGACGAUGGACUAUAACUACUGGAAGAACUGUGUAAAGGUUUACAUCAAUAAAGAGAAACAGGACCAGCUGAAGGAAACCGAAGACCAGAGGCAGAGUGAAACUCUCUGUGUCCUGGUGGAUGACAUGCAGUCACAGAAGGAAACCAAUCGUCGCCUGAAUGACCGGCUGGGACAGAUAGAGAAAAGUUUGACAUCUUGUCGUUUGUUGCUGGAGGAGAUGAAACACAUGAUGGAAGCAAAAGAUAUGGGGACAAAAGGCUUGAUUCCUCCAAAGAAACUGAUUCAUAUAUCUUCCAGGCAAUCUCCGUACCCUGGCACCAGGAUUCAGCGCUUUCCCAUCUUUGACAAAUAUGUACCAUGGGAGGUUACAUAUGAUACAUACGAUCCUGCCUGGUAUACUCGACCUGUUGAAGAGUUCCCACCAGAGAUCAUCGGAUAUGUUGAUAUAGACAUUAUGCAAUUACGGCAGCAAGAAGAAGAAAGGAAAAAGCUGGGCGCUGAUGAACUUGAAGAUCUGCCUCCGUUGCCAGUGUUUGAACCCAUGUGGAACUCUGUGUUUUCUUCCUACAUCAAGGACACUGAUGUGCAGAUAGAGGUUGAUCGGACCUCAUGGAUAACGUUUGACAACCAGCCACUCCGUUACCGGCUUGAUAAGUCAGGGUUACCACAAAAUCCGUUUGGUCGUACAGGGUUGAGAGGCCGUGGUAAACUGUGGAGAUGGGGUCCCAACCACCACAUGGCUGUCAUCAUCUCUCGCUGGAAACGCAAGUACUCGGCUCUCGGAAAACCUCUUGAUCACAUUAUUGUUGAUGGGAAGAAAGUCCUUGAAUUUAUGGUCGUUCAGAGACAGGAUACGGGAGAUUUUUCAUUACCAGGGGGUAAUGUGUAUGGCGACUGUACAGGAUACUGUGUUAUACUGAAGAGUUUCAAGAAAGACCUACUCAAAGAAGAAGUCAUAGAACACAGCACCAAAGCAGAUGAACAGGAAAUGAUCACGUUUUUUGGACAUUUUGCCACUGGGCAUUCCACUGCUGUGUAUAUACACCGUCGGAUGGAUACCGCUGCCGCUGGUUUCAAGGCACAGAUACUGUACCGCGGUUACAUGGAUGAUACAGCUAACACCGACAACAGCUGGAGAGAGGUGGAAGUCUGGAACUUCCAUUACGAACUCAACGAUGUCUUUGAUGAGAAGAUACCAGAUAGAGAGAAUGUGUGGAGAGAGGUGUCAUCAUACACGCGUCUGUACGGAAAUCAGACGGCAAUAGUGCAAGAGGCUGCAAGAAUUCAUGGUGCUUACUGCUGAGACUUCUGGAAUCCAUCCAUACUGAUGAUAUUAAAUUCCAUGGUGCUGACAGAAACUCAAAUUACAUAACCAGUGCUUAUGGCCAAAACAGAAUUAUAUGGCCAGUGCUUACAGACGAGACUUCUGGAAUCCUUCCAUGGUGCUUACAGUAACUCAAAUUACAUAACCAGUGAUUAUGGCCAAGACACAGAAUUAUGUGGCCAGUGCUUACAGCUGAGAUCAUAAGAAAAAAUAAUAUUCUGUAGUGCUUACAAGAAAAGUGAUGAACAAAAUUUGAGGAAUCGAUUCAUUGACAAUCUCAUUUCUAAUUUUGUCAGUGAAGUGAAAUGACUUAUAAAAAUACUGAUUUUUAAAAUAAAUGUCAUAUAUUCCUUGUAAUUCCACAGACUUGUUAUUUUUUUUCAGAAUAUGAAGACUCAAUAGCUUUUUUUCUGUAUGUUCAUCAAAGUAUAUCCAACUUUUAUAACAAAUGUUUUUUUUCAAAGUAUGAGAUAGUCCUGUUGUGCUGUUAUUACAAUAUGUGCAGUGUCAACUAAAUCACAAUAUUUAAAAUUAUUUAUGUUUAUAUAAUCUUUGAUAGAUAUAGCCUAAAAUAGUUAUGCUGAUUCAGAUUUGAAAUUUUUUUCUGAAAUGUUUUAAGUGGUUUUAAAUACAUUUAUAACAACCAUAUCAUGAUGAACAAAUACUUUUUGUCUUCAGGUGCUACUGUUGUUAUUCCAUUUUUAUUCAAGCAUUUGUUAUUAAAUCACUAUUUUACUUUACCCAUUGUUGUUAAAUCACCAUUUUUAUUUUGUAUUGUCACAUCUAAUGCAGUUGUUUUUCCCACUGUUGCAACUUUUUGUUACUUUAUUGAAAAAUCAUUAGGAUAAAAUAUUACAAUUUUUACCAACAAUUUAAUAACUAAGAAAUUAUUAAUGUCUUCUUGAUGUUUGGUCGUGAACAUUAAGAUAUUAUAUCUGAAUUUAAUUCUUAAAAAUUAAUAACACAAGACUAAAUUUUUUCAAUUUGUAACAGUUUAUCUAAAGGUGCUUUAUAUACACAUGUAAGACUAAUUUCUUUUAUGUUUCAUUCAUUUAUUGUUGUUUACAUUUUGUUUAAUAUAUUGUGUAUUGUUAUGGUUUUCAGUUUAAUUAGGAUGAAUCAAAACUAAAGCAUUCAGUCAAACUAAUUUAUCAACAUAAGUUAAAUCGGUGUAUAUUAUAUUUUUUAAUAAGGAUAUUUUUAUACAUUUAUUUUAAACAUAACAGCUUUGUAUAUAAAUAUAUGUAUUUAAUUAUUAUGAGAACUUAGCUUUUCAUAUACAAAAGGAGCUGAUCUCAGUCAAUGCAAAAGCUUUAAGAAACUAUAAAUGUCCAGUUGCCAUAAUUAUUUGAAAACAUGCACAUAUCUAUAAAUAUUGUAAUUUUGAAUAUUGUGUACAGAUAUGUCACAUUUUAUAUAAUACGUAGAUGUUUGUUGUUAGUCUUAAUCUUCAACCAGUGUAACUAUGGGUGAUGGCGUCAAAUACAUUUUUUUGUAUUA